AUGGCUUCUGAAUAUAAUUAUGAUGAAUCUGGUGAAACUUGGCCAUUUUUCAUAUUAGCUAUAUUAUCAUUAUUUUUGAUACCUUUAACAAUUAAAUAUAUUUCAAGAAUUUUAUCAAAUGAAAAUCCAACAUUAUAUAAUGAAUCAAUUAAAGGUUCAAUAAAUUUAAAAAUAGAUUUAGCAAAUAAAGAUGCAAUUGAAAAAUUUCAAAAUAAACAAAAAUCACUGAAGAUAUUUAAUAAAACUUUGAUUUUAUUGAUUAUAGGUUGGUCAAUUUUAAUUUAUAUUGGUAAAUAUGUUACAAAAGAAGCUGAUUUAACUGGUUUAUUUGAUCCAUAUACAAUUUUAGAUAUUUCAUUUACUGCAAGUGAAAAAGAAAUUAAGAGUAAAUAUAGAAAAUUAUCAUUAAAAUAUCAUCCUGAUAAAUUACCAAGAGAUUUAACUGAAGAAGCACGUCAACAAAUGGAGCAAGAAUAUAUUAGAGUAACUAGUGCUUAUAAAGCUUUAACAGAUGAAGCAAUCAGAGAAAAUUUUUUGAAAUAUGGCCACCCAGAUGGUGAACAAUCUACUGUUCAUGGUAUUGCCUUGCCAAAAUUUUUAGUUGAUGGGAAAUACAAUUAUUUAGUUGUUUUAUUAUACUUUGUAGUUAUUGGUUUAUUAUUACCUUAUUUAGUUGGCAAAUGGUGGAGUAAUGUUAAAAGUCAUACAAGAAAUGGAUUGCAUGUCAAUAGUGCAUCCAAUUUUGUUAGAGCGGUAAUAGAUCGUGAUCCUGCAAAGAUCAUUACCCCUAAGACAAUAUUAGAUUGGAUUUUAGAAAGUGAAGAAAUUAAUCAACAAUUUAAACAUUUAUCUAAAGAAGAAAGGUUAAAUUUGGUUGAUUUACAUUUUAAUAGAAAAUUUGAUAAGGAAAGAGAAGAUGACAAAAUUGAAUUGAUUUCAAAAUUACCCUUUUUGAUUAAUGGAUUAAUUGAUAUUGCUGUUGCUUUCAAAUUACAAGAUGUUGUUUUGCCCGCGGAGGAUGUAAAAAAGUGUGUAAUUUCAGCUACACCCAUCAACGGAAAAUAUCAUGAAAUUUUACAAUUACCGUUUGUUGAUCCAAAAGUUGUUGAAUCACAAGAUGUUAAAAAAUUGGGUAAAUUAUUUGCAAUUACUGAAGAACAAGCAAAAGCAGCUUUGGGUAUUAAAAAUGAAAAGGAAUUUAAAAUAGCAAUGCAAGUCGCAAGUAAAAUUCCAAGUUUGAGAAUCCUCGAAGCUGAAUUUAAAGUACCGGGAGAAGAAGAUGGUAUUGUCCCACCAAAUUCAACAGCACAUAUUUCAUUAAAAUUUUUAGUUAAAUCACCAAGAUUAAAAUCGUGUCCUGAUAUAGAUGAUGAAAAAUUAAAAGAUGAAGAAAAUUUAGAAUACAUGAAAAAUCCAUUAUAUAUAAAUGAAAAACAACCAUCAUUACCAUAUUCAUAUGCUCCUUAUUUUCCACAUCCAUUUAAAUUAAAUUGGUCAUGUUAUUUAAUUAAUCAAAAAGAAAAUAAAAUAGUUGAAGAUAGUACUAAAAUUUUAUUAGAAAAUAUAGAUUUAUCAAAUUUAGAAAUUAGUCAAGAAGAAUGGAUAGAUGAAAAAAAUGAGAAUUUGGUAAUUUCAACUUUUAAAAUUCCGUUCACUCAACCAACUGGACAAAUUGGGAAAUAUCAUUAUAGAUUAAUUAUGAAAAAUAAUGCAUAUUUUGGAUCAGAUUUAGAUAUUCCAAUUGAUUUAAAAGUUACAGCAAUCCCAUUGAAAAAUUUAGAUAAUUUGAAAAAGAAAUUGGAAGAUAUAGGUAAAGAAAAAGAAUCAGAUGAUGAAGAAGAUUCAGAUUCAGAUAUUUCUGAUCCUGAAGAAGAUCUGUUGGCAGGUGCAUUAGCUGCAUUGAAAGGACAAGCAGUUAAAAAGAAGUCUAAAAAAGUUGAAGAAAUAGAUGAAGAUGAAGAAGAAGAAGAACCCUUCUCUGAUAUAAAUACAGAUACAGAAGAUGAAGGUGAUAAUUAA